UCAACGUAUUUCCACCAAGUGGGCAAGUCAGGAGCAAAUAGUUUGAAUUGACCAGUGGAAUGCUGGUGUUGAAACUGGCGGUAUAUAAUUUGGGAAUGCCUAAUUGCCAUUUUGGAUCCAUCAAAAGUAAAGCUGCGAGGAAAGCUCUGCCCUCAGAAAUGGGUGGCUCGCCCUUUGUGAUGCGGCUUUGAGCAUUGAGCCUGUAUGUGUGUGUCGUGUAAUUUUAUCCAUCCAUAGCCUAUAGCGUACUGUUCUCCCCAUGGCUCGCACUGAUUCAUUCCUUCCUCGGUCAUCGAUGGGGCAAUUUAAUCAGCAACUUUGUUUUUCGAGCAACUUCGAUUUCUCACGUGAGCUAUCUUUGUGUCAUUGCGAAUGAAAAAUAGAAGAGCAAAACACAUUGUGUCUAGGUUUGGAUUAAUUAUGGACCUACUAAGUCUUCGAUGGAAACUAUUGAGUUCGUUUGUGGCACUCAAAGAAAAGGACUAAAAGAUUAUUAUCAGCCAUGCAAUAAUGGUUGUAAUUCUGGUCUUACUAUUGCUGAAUGUAUUGCAUCCCAGUUACCAAAAACCCUGUUCAACCAUAGUGGUAAGGACCACUUUGCGGUGCGCUAGUGGGCAGAGAUGUGACCCGAGGCAGCGCAGGGAUGUUGGGGGGCGCGGAGGAGUGUACGAGUACCUUGGGGGAGCACCGAGACACAGAAAGUUGUAUUGUGCCACGAAGUAUCAUUUACAAAUACAUCCCAGUGGAAAAAUAGACGGGACCUUGGAGGAGAACAAUCCGUUUAGUAUAUUGGAGAUCACAGCAGUGGAUGUGGGAGUAGUGGCGAUUAAAGGACUAUUCUCUGGGAGAUUUCUGGCCAUGAACGAAAAAGGACGACUUUAUGCUUCGGCAGCCUUCAACUCGGAGUGCGAGUUCAUGGAGCGAAUCCAUGAGUUGGGCUACAACACCUACGCCUCGCGCCGCUUCUGGACAUCCCCGUCAUCCCCAUCAUCCCCGUCAUCCACGUCCACCGGCAGGCGAAGGGCGAGUGUCGAGAGGCUGUGGUACGUGUCGAUCAACGGAAAGGGACGGCCGAAGAGCGGCCAGAAGACCCGCAGGACCGAGAAGGCCUCGCUAUUCCUGCCCAGGAUCCUGGGCCAUAAAGACCAUGACCUGGUUCACCUGCUGUUCAACAGUAGUCUAGGGUACAGACAGACGGCCCACAGACUCACAGGGAGCACAAGGCAGAGGAGACACAGACACACUUCCGGAGCCCUGGAGUCUGGCAGCGAUGAUGAGGAUGACUGACACAGAAGAGCUCCUGUUGCUUUUCCACCACAAACACACGCAAACACACACACACAUACUCAGGCAAACAGAAACUCUCUCUCUCACACAAACACACACACACACUUAAAUAUACUCAGAGUGAUGUAGAACAUUAGAAUGCAUAUUAUGUUCAUGCUGUCCUAUGAUGUUUCCGAGAGGAUGAAGACUGCUGAAUGUUUUUUUGUACUGUUACUGUUAACUCACGUUAUUGGAUAUGUUUGUCCUGUGCUGUAAUUCAUAUGAAUACAUUGGGAAGGAUGUAUGCGAGCUACUCGAGAAAAUUAUGUAGCAAAUGCACUUUGUUGGAACUUUCUGUAUGCCCUCUCAGUUUCAGAUGGUAGAGGUCAGCUUAGCCGAUGCCAGGCCAGCACCGGUGAAUCCCAGUGGAUAAAAGUUAUUUCCUUUAAUUGUGUAGCUCAAUUUCCAUGGC